CCCCGUUGUCAAUGGUGGAGCAAGAGUGGAGAAAGAAUUAAAAGCAAGGGUGAAGUUUUUAAAAGCAGCAGAAAAAGUGGAGAGCUCAUAGUAGAAGUUUAUGCAGUCGUUUAAUUUUCAUAAUUUUUUCAGUUAGUCGUUUAUUUGUACUUUGCUUUGAGUUUAAACAAUUUUAUAGUUACUACUGCUGUGAAUUCUAAGCUCUAUCGCCGCUAUUGCCACAGUUUGGUGCUGUAACCGCACAACGACUUUUCCUGCAUAUACGGCAUUAAAUAGGGAGAAAGAUUUUAAUAAACAAAAAGCAAAAUGAUUAAAUUAAAGAAUUUAUCGAAUGUUGUCAACAACACAACAGUACGUGCCAUAGCUACCUCAGCACCACUCAACGAAGCCGACUCAUGGUUUUCCAAGUUGUUGGUGCGUAAAAUUGAGCCAACUAAAGAAUCGCACAGUCGAAUGCUUAGUGAUAAGGAAAUCAUUUAUGCCUUGCAUACGCACAAUGUACGUCCCGGUUAUAUGGAUGAUUAUUUGAAAAAUUACAAAACUUCAGUACAACUGGUGAAUGAUAAGAAAGCGAAUUUGUCGUGCAAUUUAGUCGCAUCAUGGACCGUGCAUGUUGGUGAUAUGGAUCAAUGUUUGCAUUUAUGGAAAUACACUGGCGGCUUUGAGAAGAUCGAUAUCGCCAAGGAAGAUUUGUGGCAUGAUGAGGAGUACGUGAGUUUAAUGAAUGAGCGCAUAAAGUACUUACGUUCACGUCAUUUACAAUAUCUACUGGCAUUUAGUUAUUGGCCAAAAAUUGAAUUUCGUCCAGGCAAACAUAUCUACGAAAUGCGCUCAUAUCGUUUAAAACCUGGCACAAUGAUCGAAUGGGGCAACAAUUGGGCGCGUGCCAUUAACUUCCGUAAACAUAACAACGAAGCUUUUGCUGGUUUCUUCUCACAAGUAGGCCGGCUUUACAAUGUGCAUCAUAUUUGGUGCUACAAGUCCUUAUUGGACCGCAAGGAGACACGUGAAGCUGCCUGGCGCUCUCCUGGUUGGGACGAGUGUGUCGCCUAUACUGUGCCACUUAUAAAAGAUAUGCAUACACGCAUUUUAGCUCCUACUGAGUUCUCGCCAACACAGUAGAGCCAACGUAAGCAUAAACCGUAUAUAUUGUUACAAAUAGCAAACUUUUUAGUGCCUCCAGCUAAUUUAUUUUUAAAUAACUAUUGAGUUUUUGAUAUAUACACACACAUAAAUGCUAUGAAUUGAUAAAAUAAUCGUUGAAGGCGUGAACGCACAAUAUUUAAGCCAACUACAGUAAUGCUUCCA